GUUAGAGCACCAUAGUUUGAACAGAGCUGGUUUAAGGUGUGAAAAUCUUAGCUGAUAAUGCAAUUUUUUUAUCAGGAUUAAAUUUUAUCACGUUAACGUAUUGAAAUUAAAAUUUUGGCUGAUUUAUUUGAUAUCUCACACAUUACGCUGUAGGAUAUAAAGUCUAAAGUAUAUGAAUGUUAAGUGUGAUGGUAAUUGUUAGUUUGUUAAGAUGGCAAAAAGUAAAUUUGAGUAUGUGAAACAGUUCGAGACAGAAGACAAACUUUUACCUAACUGCUGGAUAGUUGUCAGAAUCGAUGGAAAGGGAUUUCACAGGUUUGCUGAUAUGCACAAUUAUAUAAAGCCGAAUGAUGACAGAGCGUUAGAUUUGAUGUCUAAAGCAGCUGAGACUGUUAUGGAAGAAUUUAAAGACAUUGUGUUAGCUUAUGGUCAAAGUGAUGAAUAUAGCUUUGUGUUUAAAAAAACAACAAAUGUCUACAAUAGACGGGCCAGUAAGUUAGCAACAAAUGUAGUGAGUCUGUUUGCGUCAUCGUUUGUGUAUUUCUGGCCGAGAUAUUUUGGGACAACAAUGAUGCAAUAUCCUCCAGCGUUUGACUCACGUACAGUUCUAUAUCCAAGUGAUAAAAAUCUCCGUGACUAUCUUAGCUGGAGACAAGCAGAUUGUCACAUAAAUAAUUUGUAUAACACAUGUUUUUGGAAGUUGAUACAAGAGAAGGGUCUGACACCUGCAGAAUCUCAGGAGAGGUUAAAGGGUACAAUGUCUAGUGAUAAGAAUGAAUUACUUUACAAGGAAUUUGAAAUCAACUACAACAAUCUACAUCCUCUACACAGAAAAGGCACAAUUCUUAUACGAGCAGCUAAAAAUGACCUUGAGAAUGGUGACCUUGACCUCUCACUACAGCUUCACAUAUCAGGUUCAUCAACUAGUAGAAGUCAUACAGCACGAGGUCACGGGCGUGCAACAGACUCCAGGAGAAGUCCACAAAUGAGCAGAAAAUUAACGCGACCUAAUAUAGAAAGACUUCAUGUUGAUUUAAUUGGGGAACAAUUUUGGACAGAUUAUCCAAAUGUUUUAGAUCCAUCUAAAAAGUAGAUAAUCAUUGAACAGUAUUUUAGAUUAUAAUACCACAAUCUUCAUGAAAGAUGGUUGUUGAAACACAACAAUUCAAAUAUCAAUAAGCCCAACAACAUUUUAAUAAUUAUUUAAAACACUAUCUAUUUAUAAUGUCAGCAACAUUUUACUUUAAAACAACAAAAGAUAUUUAAUAAUGACAAGACAUAUACAGAGUACAACUACAUGUAGACAUAAUUAACCAAUGGAGAGUUUUAAUUGUUUUCAAAUUGUUGGGUUGUCAGUGUUGGUUUGGAUUGAAUUGAUUGGUUUUAUAAAUUGGCUGUGAUAUUAAAUGUUCAUAAUGUGUAUUUGUUGUACAGAAGAUAUACUUGAUGUAUUGUAUAAGACACAGAUUUGAGUCAGACCCGUAAUAAUUUCAUUUAUGUAGUACUGAUAUAAUGAUGUCAAUUGUAUGAAAUAUGUAGUGUUUAUAGUGUAAGAUUUACACAUGUCAGAUAUGAUAUUAAAACUGUUUAAGGUUUGUACAUGUUAGAUUACUUUGGGCAGCUACGUUUCUAUAUGCCUGAACGUAAUUAUGGUCAAAAUUUGAUUUGGCACUUGUAUGUCUAUCUGUCUGUCUGUUAGCCAUAUUGAUGACUGCUCGAUAAUUUAAGAACUUUUAGGUGUUGUUUCCAUACUUUUUAAAGAUGAUGUUGAUGGCCAGUAGAUGACCCAGUCAGUAACUCAAUGUCAUAUAUUGAUACUGUAUAAAAUCCUUGUCCAGUCAAUAACUUGUUCUGGUGGUUGUAUGACAGUCACAUAUUAACAUUGUACAUGGAGCGUCCGUGGCAGAGUGUUUAAGAUCAUUGGCUUCAAACCACUUGCCUCUCACCACUUUAGGUUUGAGCUGCCCAAGCGUCUUUGGGUUGUUUUUUGUGAGAAAAGUAUCUAGCUAGCUUACAGAACGUUGGUGGUUCUAAAUAGGAGUCCAUUUGUGCCUCAAAUAAAACAUGGAAGGGCACACCUGAGAUCUUACUCCACCAGUAAAGCUUGAAAGAUGCCUCAUGACCUAUUCUGUGUUACCAUAUGACCUAUUCUGUGUUGGUGCAAUGUAAAACCCAACAGAAAAACAAAACAACAAACAACAUUGUACAUCUUAUAACAGCAAUACUCCAGGCAUAUAAUACUCUUCACAUGGCAGGCUCUUGUUUCUUAUAAUAAUUUAUUUGGAAAAAUCACUCUUUGUUUAUCUCUAUCUACAGAAGGAAAGUUGUAUAUUUGUUAUCUCCUUUUAGAUCUGUUGAUUUAUUUUGCUGUUCAUUUAACAUUAUCGAACAUUGACUCGAGUAUAGAGCUAGUCGAGUCUGAAAAUUCAUGCAGUCAACUGUUGUCUAACUCAUUUAUUUCGUCUUAAUAUUCUUAAAAUUGAUGAACAAAUUUUGCAAAACUUGAAGCUGGAAAAAUUCCCUAUAAUUACCGGUGGAAAAAUGCAAAUCAUUCAUGUAAUGUUACAGAAUGACCAGGCAGUUUUACAUGUAUCAUGUAAGUUAACUUGUGUAGAACAUACAGCAUUAUAUUUCAGAUAUGCCAGUGAUUUAAAACCUCAAAACUUCAAUCAAAAUAUGUGAUUGCAAUAUGUUAUGUUUAUAUCAUGCAAUAUUUUAUAAAUAAAUGUCAGUAAAGUG